GAGGCUCCCCAGGCCCGGAGGCCCGGCAGGGUUGGGCAGCCGAGCCCCUUCGGCUCUGUGUCGAACUGCCCCCCGCCCCCCCCCCGGUCGCUGGCAGCUAUUUCACCCUUUUUCUCCUUUCCUCUGGCAUGCCAGGCUGCGCGAAAGACGCAGGAACAGCCGGGAAGACAGUGGCAGUAAUAGCAGCAAUAAUAACAACCACAAGGUCUGCCUCUCCCGGGUCCUUGGAAAGGACUCGGUAGCAGGAUAAAAAUGCCAAACCCAGGCUAAGAAUAGGAAAACAAUAGGGGUUAUCUGUGGGACCGCUCUGCCCCCUAUUCUUCCGCCCAUCUGAUCAGGAUCAGCUCCCUCUGGGCCCUGUCCAGACAAUAGGCCACCUGCCAGGACCCGGGUGUGGGUGCUUUUGAUGGAGCUUUGGAGCUCCCUCCCUAUGGAGACCCAGCCCAUGGACCCCUUCCCUCCUGCAUUUCAGACCCAGCUGCUCUACCUAGCAUAGGAGGCCGGCAGAUUGUGAAGAAGGUUUGAAGAUUUUGUAUAUUAUUUUGAUAGUUCUGUGACUGUGCUUAAUCGUGCGUAUAUUAGUUACAGCCACUUACUGUUUUUGAGGGGGUUGUUUUUAAUUUAGGAAGUUAUUUUCAUUGUUCGUUGUCCAGAGCCUUCAGGAAUGAGGCCACGUAGAAGAGAGAGAGGGAGGGAAUAACAGCACUACUCCCCAGUUGCUUCCCCUGUGUUAUCCUCAGAUUCUUUCUUCCCAGUUCAGUAUCUUCUCUUUCCUCCUGCUAAGUUCAAAAAUUGCUUCCUGUCUUGUAGCACUGGAUGAAAUCAUGUGAGUUUCCAUGGUCCAAGAGCUUUUCCAAGUCUCCUGUUAGUUACUUGUGUGUGUGUGUGUGUGUGGCAUUGUGUAUCAUAGCAGCAACUGAGACCCUCUGCACAAGAAAUCCCCGGAGGGGGAGGAAAGUCUGCAUUGCCUAUGAGCCCCCAGGAGGAAAUGGGGCAGAGGAGGCACCUGAGCCCAAGAAGCAGAAAUGGGAACCAGCCAGCUGGGAGCAGCAGCUGGCCAAUAUCCGGGAGAUGCGGAGCAAAAGGGACGCCCCCGUUGACCAGAUGGGAGCUGGAGCGUGCUUUGAUAAGGAGGCCCCUCCAGAGGUGAGGCGCUACCAGAUUCUGUUGUCACUCAUGCUCUCCAGCCAGACGAGAGACCAAGUGACCUCAGCAGCCAUGAUGCGCCUGAGGGAGCAUGGUCUGACAGUGGACCGGAUCCUGGAGACUGAUGAGGAGGCUCUGGGCCGGCUCAUUUACCCUGUUGGCUUUUGGAGGAACAAGGUGCGAUACAUCCAGCAAACCACAGCAAUCCUGAAGCGGGACUAUGCUGGUGACAUCCCACAGACUGUUGCAGAGCUGGUGAAGUUACCUGGGGUCGGUCCGAAGAUGGCCCAUCUGGUUAUGGACAUUGCCUGGAAGGACGUCUCAGGAAUCGGUGUGGACACACACGUGCAUCGGAUUUGCAACAGGUUAAAGUGGGCAAAGAAGGAAACAAAGCUUCCAGAGGAAAUGAGGCAAGCUCUGGAAGAAUGGCUGCCUAGAACUCUCUGGAGUGAGAUCAACUGGCUCAUGGUCGGUUUCGGGCAGCAGAUCUGCUUGCCUGUCCGUCCACGUUGCAGCGAAUGCCUCAACAAGAACAUCUGCCCGGUAGCCAUGAAGCGCUGAGGAACAGCCCCCCUCCCCAGCCUCUUUGUCUUGGGGGCUUCCGUUGCUUGAGAGAAGUUGUUUUCUGAGAGGCUGAGACUUGGCGCCUGUCCCAGGAACUGCACGGCCUCUUUGGGCAAGAGGGAGGUCUGAUCCUGAGCUA